AUGCUGCUCGAGUGCCUGUUCAUAUUUGUCGUGGUGCUGUAUGUGUGUCAGCGAUGGGCCAAGAGGGACAUCUACGCUCUGGAGAAGCAGCUCCGCUCUGGACUAAGAUCGCUGCCGUUUCUUGGACACGGCUACCUUUUCUUUGGGAAUAAUCAGACUCUCAUGAAAGCCUUCCAAAGACUCGGUAGAGCUGCAAUAAAAAAUGAGCACGGUCUAUGCCCUUUGUGGAUAGGAACUAAAUUUUAUACAGUAAUGGCCGACUGCGAGGCAGCGGAUUUCGUGUUGAAGACAGCCUUGGCGAAGGACGACAUCAUGAAAAUGGCGACUCUCUUCUUAGGCAAUGGAUCUAUUUUUGCCCCAGUGCCGAUCUGGAAGCCCCGACGUAGGGUGCUCAUUCCAACAUUCGGAACUAAGAACAUGAAGCAUUUCUUGUGGAUAUUCAAUAAACAGAGUAAUGUGCUCACAGAGCAGCUAGAUAAAGUGGCGGGCUCCGGAACUGUCUCCAUUUGGAGGUACUACACCGCAUACACCAUGGACUCCAUCGCUGAAGCAACAUUAGGGUACCAAAUGCACGCCCAGACUAAUUCAGGUCAUCCGUUCCUGCAAGCCUUUCAUACAGGCUUAGAACAGUGCGCGAUACGACUUUGUUCGCCCUGGCUCCACAGUGAUGUCGUGUAUCACAAUCUGCCUAUUUAUAAGAAAUUGGUGGCAAUGAAGAAUUAUAUGUGGGGGUUCCUCAAAGAGUUAAUAGAUACGAAACGAAAAGAAAUGAAGAAAGCAGAAAAGAAUAAACAAGAAACUAAUGAUUGUGAUUCAAAUGAAAGUAUGACAACGUUUUUAGAAUUGCUAAUCAGAUCGCCCGGAGCCGACGACGGUUACACUGAUACUGAAGUUCUCGAAGAACUGAUGGUCAUAAUGAUUGCUGGCAAUGACACGUCAGCAGUCGGUUCCUCUUUUGUAACAUUGAUGUUUGCGAGGCAUCCGGACGUUCAAGAAAAAGUUUUGGAGGAGUUGCAGCAAGUAUUUGGAGAGUCAGACAGACCUGUGUCUUCAAAAGAUCUGCCUCGUCUAAAAUAUUUGGAUGCAGUUAUUAAAGAAACUCUAAGGCUGUACCCGCCCGUACCCGUCACAACCAGAAAAAUUGAAAAGGAAAUAAUCUUGCCGUCGGGCAUAAAACUUAUCCCUGGCACUGGUGCCCUAAUGAACAUCUGGGCGAUCCACCGCAACCCCCGCCAUUGGGGCGACGAUGCGGAACAAUUCCGGCCGGAGCGGUUCCUCGACAGCCCACUAAAGCACCCUGCCGCCUUCAUGCCGUUCAGUCACGGACCAAGGAACUGCGUCGGUUAUCAAUUUGCUAUGACGUCAAUGAAAACUGUACUCUCGAGUGUCCUCCGUCGCUACAAGAUUCUCCCAGCGGAGCACUCGCCUCACUCACAGCCGUCGAUCCGGCCCAUACGACUGAAGUUCGAUCUCAUGAUGAAAGACGUGGAUGGGUUUCAAAUACAACUGGAACACAGGAGUAAACAGCGACACUCGUACUGA